AGUCAUCGAAGCUUCAUCGUAGCAAACGAGCGUGCAUCUCGGAGAUAAUGUUGAUACGUAUUAAUCCAUUGGUGCUGUGCAUCCUACCGCUGGUCUUCCUCCUCACCGAGGCGAGAACACGGCCCAGUGGUAACGAUCGCAUCGUUUUUCCAAAGGAUGACGACGAUACCAGCUCGAGAUUCACAUACUCGACCACAACGACAACUGAGGAACCCGCAUCCACAAUAGCACUCCGUUUGGAAAGUACAAACAGCACAGAACAGAUCACCAGCGGAUCGGAGGAGCUGGUUAAUGAAAACACCACUGUGCUGCCAGUUAUAGACAACCGAAUAUUGCUGGAGACGACCCAAAAAUGUAAGCCUGGCUUUGAGCUGUUCGGAAAACGAUGCAGAAAGCCGGCGUAAUCUGUAGUCGCUAAGAUUGAUGUUAGCCAAUAAAGUGAUAUUUGUGUAG